GCCAGCAACAUGUUCAAGGUAAUUCAGAGGUCCCUGGGCCCAGCCAGCCUGAGCCUGCUCACUUUCAGAGUCUACGCAGCACCAAAAAAGGACUCGCCUCACAAAAGCUCCAUGAAGGUUGAUGAGCUUUCACUCUGCUUGGUUCCUGAGGGUCAGUCCAAGUAUGUGGAGGAGCCAAAGACCCAACUGGAAGAAAGCAUCUCACAGCUUCGACAUCAUUUCGAGCCAUAUACAAGCUGGUGUCAGGAAAUGUACUCUCAAACUAAGCCCAAGAUGCAGAGUUUGGCUCAAUGGGGAUUAGACAGCUAUGAAUAUCUCCAAAAUGCACCUCCUGGUUUUUUCCCAAGACUUGGUGUUAUUGGUUUGGCUGGCCUUGUUGGACUUCUUUUGGCUAGAGGUUCAAAAAUAAAGAAGCUGGUGCAUCCUCCUGGUUUCAUGGGAUUAGCUGCCUCUAUCUAUUACCCACAACAAACCAUCGCAUUUGCCCAGGUCAGUGCGGAGAAAUUGUAUGACUGGGGUUUACGAGGAUACAUCGUUGUAGAAGAUUUGUGCAAGGAGAACUUUCAAAAGCCAGGAAAUGUGAAGAAUUCACCUGGAAAUAAGUAGAAAACUCCAUGAUGUGCUCAUUUUAAUGAGUUGUAGGUAAACAAAAAGCACCACAUGGGAAAUUGGU